CUUUUUUUUGAGUAACUAACACAUUUCAGAAUAAGUAAUAUCACUUCAUCUUCAAAUGGUUUUUGUUCAUACACAAUGAUCGAAAUAGAUCGAAUUUCCAAGUCAAUAUAACAGCGAUCAAUGAUUGGCUGCCACUAACGUCACUUGGAAAAAAGCCUUUCAAGGUCAAAACGAUUUUCUAAUCGGGUCAUGUUAAUAAAUUAGAAUCAAUGCUGUUCAAGAUCAUUACGACUUUAUUCCAUACAUAUUUCUGUCUUACGUUUGAUUGGACAUUUUCUGUAACCUUGAUGUAAAAUCUUGUCACUGAUUUGACUUCAUAAAUAACCAAUAAAAGUUCUGGAUUUCACCAUAGAAGAAAAAAAUGAAGUUCAAAAUCAGUUGUGUUCAAAUAUCGAAGUCAACAAGUGGGAAUAAUUUGUAACAUCUGUCAAGAUAAUCUAUCAGUUCUUUGUUUCAAAAAUAUUUUCACAAGUGUAUUUCAUGUGGGGGCUUGUAUAUUCACUAGCCACCUAAAUUGGAAUAAAUAGAAUGAAGCUGAAAUCUGUGAAACACAUAUUGAAAGCAGAAUACUUUAGUCACUAAACCUCUGAUCUUCAUUCUAAGUGUUUACUUUAAAAUAAAAAUAAAUUGGAAGCUGAACAGAGUCAAUGAUAAAUGUAUCGAAAUGUUUGGAGUAGUUUUAUAUUAGGAACUUUAAACAUAACUACGAGAAUAUUCUUUCCUUUUUUAGUGCAUAUCUAUUAAUCUGUUUUUCAUAUCUCCCAAUAUCAGAUAUAUAGGUAAGCUAAUUAUAUAAAUAUAUAAGAUGAUAAUAAUACAUAAAUUUGGAUCGUAGAAUAACUCUCAAGGUCACGUACCAGACAACUGUACUUGUAGAAAUGAAGCUCAUAGCUCACAUAACUGAACUGCAAUAUUGUAUACGAUGAGUUAAUAAUCAUUUAUUUAUAUAAGAACCAUAACUGAUAUGAAUUUAAUAUUUCAUAAUGGUAUAAACUCUGUAUAUUUUAGAAACCGAAAUAUGGAACAAGGUUUACGAUUCUGUUGGUAUUUACUUCCGACUUUAUUGGCAUGGAUAGUAAAAUAUGCAAUUCGUCUAAUUUUAUUACCGAUUUUCAUCGUAUUUAUUCUCGGUUAUGUUGUGAAAUAUUUCAAGAAAAAGUCUAAAUUGCGCAUUAAAUUAUUACGUAAAAGACAAUUAAUAACUCAAGGAAUGGAUCAUCUGAAAGAACAUCUUUCAUCUACGAAGAGCUCAUCAAAUAUUGAUUUACUAGCAGUUACAAAUCUGAAUUUAGAUACUAUUCAAGAAGGUUUAGUUGAAGGCAAAUUUACACCAGUUGACUUAUUACAUGCUUAUCAAAUUAAAGCUUUACAACUAUAUAACUCAGGAAAUUCAGGAAUAUGUGAAUUUCUUGAUGAAGCAGAACAGUUGGCUGUUGACGUUGUUAACUUGAAUCGCUUACCUACAAGUAAACAAACGUUGGUUGGUAUUCCUAUUAGUUUAAAAGAAUUGUGUUCGACCAAGGGAUAUGAUGUGACAUUUGGUUUGAUAAAACGAUGUAAUAAACCUUCACAUGAAGAUUGUUGCAUAUUGGAAGUGCUAAGACAUGAGGGAGCAAUACCUUUUGUUCUGACAGCAACUUCUCAAACAGCUCUAUCUCUGAGUGGAAUAAAUCCAGUAUUUGGUGAUAUGUCCAAUCCUCAUUCAUCAGAACAUGAAACAGGCGGGAGUUCUAGCGGUGAAGGUGUACUUCUAAGUUUACGGGGAUCUCCAGUUGGAAUUGGAACAGAUCUGGCUGGAAGUAUAAGAAUUCCUUCGGUUUUCUGCGGUCUUGCUGGCUUAAAACCAACAACUAAUCGUAUUAGUAGUAAAGGUGUAAGUGUGAUCGGUCAUAAAAAGUCAGUAUUAUUGAGAGUAAGUGUUGGACCAAUGGGUAGACGAGUGGAUGAUCUAGCUAAAUUAAUGCGUACACUUUUAACAACAAAAAUGUUUCAAAGGGAUCCAUAUGUGCCACCAUUACUGUUUAAUGAUAUGAUCUACUCGGGUACAGAUAACCCGAAAUUGACAAUCGGAUAUUAUGCGACCCUAGAGGAUCCACUAAUUAUUACUAGCGUUCCAAGUGUUCGCAGAAUAGUGAAUGAAUCAGUGGACAUUCUAAGGCAACGCGGUCAUAUAUUGUUACCGUUUCAUCCACCCAACAUAAAAUGGGCUUAUGAAUUAAGUAUGAAGGCAGUUUCUGUUGACACAAAAUAUAAUUUUCAAGAGGCUUUGUUUGCAGAACCACUAAAUGAACACACCAAAUUUCUUCGUCUUUUAAUUGGUGUCCCACACUGUCUGAAAGUUAUAAUAGAUAAAUUAUUGAAAAUUAUCUUUGGUAGACCAGCUGCAGUUACAAGUUUUUUGGAUGGUCCUAGAGGCGAAGCAAAAACAUUAGAUUUAAUCUCAGAUAUUGAGUUGUAUAGACAUGAAUUUCAAAGAGCUAUGGAAGAAGCUGGUAAUUUGGAUGCAAUCAUUUGUCCUGUUCUCCCUUUCCCAGCAUUUCCAAAGUCGGCCAAAUCGAUGUUUGUUACACCAGCUAUCGCUUAUACAGUAUUGUUUAACAUGUUAGAUUAUCCAGCUGGAACAGUUCCAAUGGGAUAUGUGAAUAAGGAAGAUGUACAAAACUCAAAAGUGAUGGCUGAAGAAUACAAGAAAGUUGGCAAUCGAUUUCUUUCUGAGGUAUUCAAGUAUCAGGAAACAAGUGAAGGCUUACCGGUUGGUGUACAAAUCAUUGGUAAACCAUGGCAAGAAGAGCGUGUGCUAUAUGUUAUGAAAGAACUGGAGACAUCAAGAACACUGACUGAAUAGUUAGAACCGUUAUUCUAAACAUUAUUUCUUCAUUUGACUUAGCUUGACCAUAUAUUAUCGCGUUGCUGUAAAAUAUUCAUUACCGUUUAAUAUACACAGAAGUAUAAUAUUUUAAUGUGAAAAAAACUGAAUUCGGCUUUCGAAUUUUGAAAUCUACUUACUUCUUUCAUUAAAAUAUAAAAAUUUCUAGAUAUUGUUUCAUUUUUGUUUAUGCAGUAUUUUAAGCAGAUUCAUUGAAACAGUAGCAAAUAUUAGUUGAAAUCGAAACAGAAAUUCAUUAUUAGCCAAAAAAUAGCAAUUUAUGUACAAUUUUCAUUUCUUUUAAGUACUAGUUAGUUACAGUAAUUGUUAAGCAAAGAAUGAAACUCAGUAUUCUUUAUUACACUAAUUUGAUUUGAACUAGGCAUCCUAUAACUUUAGUCAUAUCUCCUUAAAUAUAUUCUUGUUUAUCAUAAUACUUGUGUCACAUCUUGCUUUCAAUUCUUCAAAACGUUCAUGGAAGCCCUCCAAAAUCAGACAUUUCAACUGCAUCUUUUUGGUUAGUGAGUGUUUCAAUUAUGUGGAAGUGCUAUAUAUGUCUAGCAUCCAAUCCACUGAUUUUAAAAUGUAGAUUUUUCCAGUUCUGAUAGUUGUAUUAUUCACAUAAAAUCUUGUUAUUACCGAUUACUACUACAACUCAAUCCCCAUAAUCCUAGUUUUCAGGUGCUCGUCUCCACAUAAUCUAAAUCCAUCUGUUUUCAAGAAAUUGUAAGUUGUUUAACUAGUGAUUAAGAAUGGUAACCUACCUGGGUGACAGAAAUAUAGGCCUAGUUUUCGAUAAAAAUGAGUUGUUAUGAGUAACAGCCGGAGGUAUAUAUAUAUCAUUUUAGUAUCGAAAAAAAAAUAAGUAAAGGAAUCUAAUCCAGAUAAAACUGGAAAUUAAGGAUGGUCAGUUUGCGUUAGAACUCAAUGGCUAAUUUGACUCAUCUGUAUUUUAUUGUCA